UCUCCAUUUAAAUGUAUGCAAUUUCGCGGCGGGGGGCAAAGGAAGAGAUGUUGGGGUGCGCAGAGGAAAGAGGAGCCCCACCUCCAGAAAAAGUUGCAACUUUGGACGGGGCGGGGGGGGGAGGAAGCAGCCUGCUCCGUCACCCUGCGUCAGGGGCCCGGCUGGCUCUGCGCGCUGAUUGGCCGCCCUCUUCUCAUUUAUAGCCCGUCAAUCAUCUGCCCCCCGAGAGAAAGAGCGAAGCGUUCAGAGGGGCCGGAGGGAGCGCGCGUGCGAGCUUGGACAGGCGUCGGAGAAGCAGGCAGCCGUCGGAAGAGGGCGGGAGACUCGCCUUUCUGCGUCUCCCAGCGGCUGAGCAGCACGCCGCGGGGGCCGGUGAGCCUGGGCCGAGCUUGGGGUCCAUUUCCUUGCCUGAGUGACCCCCCCUACCUGGCAGCCACGCUGGCGCAUCUCCUGUCCGCCCCGGCCAUGUAUAGCAUGUUGGAGGGCGAACUCAAGCCCCCGCAGCCGAAUCCUGGCGGGAACUCGGCUGGAACCGGCGGCCCGGGGAGCAACAGCAAAGGCGUCGGAGGUGGUGGCGGUGGAGGAGGUGGAGGCGGCGGCGGCGGAGGCGGCGCGACGGACCAGGACCGGGUGAAGCGGCCCAUGAACGCCUUCAUGGUGUGGUCGCGGGGCCAGCGGCGCAAGAUGGCCCAGGAGAACCCCAAGAUGCACAACUCGGAGAUCUCCAAGCGCCUGGGCGCCGACUGGAAGCUGCUGAGCGACUCGGAGAAGCGGCCCUUCAUCGACGAGGCCAAGCGGCUCCGCGCCGUCCACAUGAAGGAGUAUCCGGAUUACAAAUACCGGCCCCGUCGGAAGACCAAGACGCUGCUCAAGAAAGACAAGUACUCGCUGCCGGGCAACCUGCUGGCCCCCGGCGGCGGCGGCGGCGGCGUGAGCAGCCCCGUCGGGGUGGGCCAGCGCCUGGACUCGUACGCCCACAUGAACGGCUGGCCCAACGGCGCGUACGCCUCGCUGAUGCCCGAGCAGCUGGGCUACAGCCAGCACCCGGCCAUGGGCAACGCGCAGCUGCAGCCCAUGCACCGCUACGACGUGAGCGGCCUCCAGUACAGCCCCAUCAUGUCCAGCUCGCAGCCCUACAUGAGCGCCGCGGCCGCCGCCUCCACCUAUAGCAUGUCGGCGGCCGCCGCCGCCGCCUACGGGCAGCAGGCGUCCGGCCACGCCAUGAGCUUGGGGACUAUGGGCUCGGUGGUGAAAUCCGAGCCCAGCUCGCCGCCGCCGGCCAUCGCCUCUCACUCCCAGCGCGCCUGCUUGGGCGACUUGCGGGAUAUGAUCAGCAUGUACCUGCCCCCGGGGGGAGACGCGGCCGACCCGUCGACGCUGCAGGGCACCCGGCUACACAGCGUCCACCAACACUACCCUAGCGCCGGGACUGGCGUCAACGGGACCGUACCGCUGACUCAUAUCUAGCCGCGCGGGUCCCUCUAAGGUCUCCCCCGCCCCACAAGACGCUGACACCCGUCGGGGGCCCCGGAUGCCAGCCAGGCACGGACUUCUCCCAAACUCGCCUCCGCACGUCUAGGCGGUACCCCGAGGGUGGCCACCGAACCCGCCUCUGCCGCUUUAACUUCCACGCCACCGAAGUUUUUGGUGGGGGGGAGGGAGGAGGGCGCAAAGCGAGGACAAAGGGACUUUCCCCACGAACUGGUCGAAGGAGAUCUCCUUCUCUCCCCCCCCCCCCAAAUCGCCUUUUUUGUUAUAUGUGUAAAAGUGAAUUUACUUGUCUGAAUAGAGCACAAAUUAUUUCUAACGGGAGCCGCUGUGAGAUUCUCUUUUCUCCCUCGCCCCAACCCCAAGAUCUACAGCAGGUUUCUGGAUAAGCUUUGGGGAGGGGGGGGUGUCUGGUAUUUUAACUUGGGGGGGGUUGCUUUUUUAAGAGAGAGGACUUCGGGAGGUUCUUAAUGGUGGAGUUGGGUCACCGGCCUACAUCUUAAAUGUUUACAUUUUUGUUGGGGAGGGGUGAAAGGUUCUUCCCGCCCAUCCUUUAUAAUCCUUCCUGAGGUCUUAUGGUUUGUUUUUAAAAAAUAAAAAUCUGUAAAUGCCUUUUCUCUAACAAUCUCGAUUGUAGUUCACACGAACAUCUGGGCUCAACUGGCUCCGGCUUCACUCCUACCUUUUCUCGGGAGUCGGUUCCUCUUGAAAUCUGGGGAGGCUUACUCCCAAGUAAACCUGCUUCAGAGGAAAGGAAGCUAAUUCCGCUCGGACGGGGCGUUCAACUAAGGUGCCUACUAGUACGCACGACUGAGCCGUAUGUGUGAACGGGAGUGAAUUCGAAUCUAAUGGACUUAAUGGAAAAGUCCUGUGCGAUCUUUUUUCCUUCCUUGAAAGAAGAGGCGUAUAACUUAAGGGGGGGGGGUAUUCUGGUUUUAAUUCUUGGCGCUUGUACAUUUUUGUAAAUUUUCUUUUCUGAAUUUGAUCGUGGGAUAGUUUGGAGAACAUAUCGGCCCCACGGAUCGGGCGGUUUACGUUUGUUGUCUGUCGGGUUUCUUUGAAGAGAUCUUGCCUCUCCUCGAUUCCCCUUCCUUCCUCCCCUCAAAGAAAAAAAAAACUUUAAAAGAGGACAAUAAAUUUUAUAACAGGCGCUUCA